AUGGGAAACCGCAGGCUGCUAUAUAAACGCGAAGGGCCUGCCCGUAUUCUACGCUUGAUAACAAUUCCACGUGACCCCAACACUAUGCUCCCCCUAAACCACCGCAUCCCUGUCGCCUUGGCAACAGUCGUCUUCCUCCUCAUGUGCAGAGGCUGCACUGUGUCGCCUUGGGAGGAGUGGAGACUGGACGCGAUUCCUGGGGAGGGGCUAGACGAACAGGUGGAUCCCAAGGCGAGCUUGACAAAACGACAGACCGCGGUUGACAACGUCUACACUGAGGAGGAGGAUCGCCCGCGGAUACUGUGCGGAGAGGCACUGAUUAGGGCCCUGAAAAAGCAAUGCGGAGCUCGGGGCACGUACUCACCAUACCGCAAACGAGCUGUCCACGAAGUCGGCCGAUUCAGGCGAACACCGCCGGAUGUCGCCUUUAACCACUGGAGUCCGGUGCAUCUUCAGAAACGGUAUGACGACUUCUGCAAGCUCUACCUCCACUUUGAGCUCGAUAGUCCGGUGGCCCAGUGCUGUUGCCUGGGGUGCACGCGAGCCUACCUGGAGAAUUUUUGCGAGGAACCCUAG